GAAACAGGAUCCUUUUGCUCUGAGCAGAGCUUUCUGCAGCAGUGAGGUGAACAAAAGUCUGGCUGUCCUGUCCUUUUAUGCUGGCCAGGAUCUGAGCAAUUGAUGGCAUAAUACACCCCCGCACUCAAGCAGAUCCAUGAGGUGAAGAAAAGCGGUAUUUAUUUCACAAAGCUGAUUAUUUUCAUAUGAUAGCUAAUUGUUAUUUUGGACUUAUCUCCCCUCUAGCUGUGGAACUGCAAAUAGAUUUAAAUACCAUAUGUAUGUUCGUCCCUCGUAAUGAGAGUUAUCCUUCAGAGAUGGUAUAUGCAUAAAUAUAUUUGCAUAUACUGAGUGUUACUGAAUCAACUUAAUUACUUUAAUGCUUCCAGAUCAGUAUAAAAAAAUCUUGUUUUUUUUUUCUGUAUGGCAAAUGCCUCAAAUAUGCAGUCAUGUAGUAUUUUAGCACCUUUUACUUCAUCUGGGUGCUUCAGCUGUGCGUGAGUAACGGGGGUGGUAGCAUGAGGACUUGGAGAUGUGGUCUGCUCUUAGUGCUCAAUCAAGCAUAUUUUAUUGUACCAUUUGAAAUGAAGGUUCACAUCAAAGAGCCAUAUUGCUAAAAGUAUAGGAGCCUGAAAUUAGGUAUAUGAAAUAUUGUGUGAGUACAUGAAUGCCUGGUUUAUACAUCUACUGUACAAUUACAGUACCUAGAUAUGUAAUGCCUGAUAUUUUUAUCCAAUUGGCAAAGGUGCUGGAAUUAUUCCUCUUCAUAUAGCUGAGUUGAAAUUUUAAACAGCAAGACAGAAAUCCUCAUCUCAGAUUGUCUAGAAGACAACAAAGUAGCUUGAGGAACGUGGUAGUAGAAGAUGUACUUGGGCACAAGACAGGACAUCUGCUUGUUGAUCUUAAUAAGUGUUAAUAUAUUUAAUUAUAGACUCAGCACUGUGGGGCAUGUUGCAGCAGUUUUGAUUCUGAUCGAAUGCUUUCCUGCAUCUCUCGCAUGGUUUUGACGAUACUGGGCCAGUCGGCAGCGUUCUAGUACUGGCUGGAAAACAUGGGAUCUGGUAGUUCUGUAAAUGCCAACUACAAGUACUCUCUGCAGAAGUCUGAAAAUGCUUUCAAGGCAGCUGUUUUGAUCCAAAGGUGGUAUCGGCGCUAUGUUGCUCGGCUGGAAAUGCGCCGACGUUGCACUUGGAGAAUCUUUCAAUCCAUUGAGUAUGCCUGUGAGCAGGAUCAGAUCAAGCUUCACAACUUCUUCAGCUACCUCAUGGACCACUUCACGCCAAGCAGCAGUAAAGAGAGGGAUUUUAUCAGUCGCAUGUUCAUAAGUGGGGAAAGCUUCAAAGAGGCAGAGCUGGAAAAGUACUGUGACUAUGAAUCCAUGGAGGUGCCAGACUCCUACACUGGACCCCAUCUCUCUUUCCCCCUCCUUCCUGACCAUGCGACUGCCUUGCUGGAAGCUUUCAAACAGAAACAACAGCUCCACGCUCGCUAUGUCUUAAACCUUCUGCAUGAGACCAGGAAGCACCUCAAGCAGUUGCCAAACAUCAGUCACGUCUCCACCUGCUAUAGCGAGGAGGUCACCGUGUGCGGAGAUUUGCAUGGCCAGCUGGAUGACUUGUUCCUCAUAUUUUAUAAGAAUGGCCUUCCUUCCCCUUCCAAGUCCUACGUGUUCAAUGGGGACUUUGUAGACAGAGGCAAACAGUCCCUCGAGAUCCUUAUCAUCCUCUUUACCUUCCUCUUGAUCUAUCCAAAAGAGGUUCAUCUCAACCGUGGGAACCAUGAAGAUCACAUGGUCAACUUACGGUAUGGGUUCUGUGUGGGGCUGAUCACAAUGUCAAUGCUGUCGCUGCAAAAUCUCACUGAACUUCCUUUCUUCUGUUCCUACAGGUAUGGUUUCGCCAAGGAAGUCAUGCAGAAAUACAAGGUGCAUGGGAAGAAAAUCUUGAAGAUGAUUCAGAAUGUCUUCUGCUGGCUACCCCUGGCCACCCUGAUUGAUCAGAAAGUCCUUAUUAUACAUGGAGGCGUCUCUGAUACCACUGACCUGGACAUGCUGGAGAAAAUUCAAAGGAACAAAUUUAUUUCUGUCUUGAGGGGGAAGAAAAGGAAGGAGUCAAACAGGAACGUGGAAAUACAGGAGGUAAACGGGGAGAGCAACGCGGAGGCUGACCCUACAGGGAACGAAGCAACGCCCAGUUUACCCUCGCAGCCCCGACCAGCGCAGGCUCCCAGCAUGGCCAACAGGCUGGAGUUCUCCAGGUGGGUCCGGCAGACGGUGCAGGAGCAAAUCGAGUGGUGCCGCCGGCUGGUGGACAUCAGUGAGUCGGAGGACGAGGAGCUCACCUACUCUAGCAUGGUCUCCUUAGCGGAUUUGGACGGGCCGUGCUGGACUCGCCAGGAAGAGUGGAAGCAGAUUUUGGACAUUCUCUGGAGUGACCCCAUGCCUCAGGAGGGCUGCAGAGAAAAUACGGUGCGAGGUGGUGGCUGCUACUUUGGGCCUGACGUGACAGGGAAGAUCCUUGAGAAGUACAAGUUGCAGUUCCUCAUCCGCUCCCAUGAGUGCAAGCAAGAGGGCUAUGAGUUCUGUCACAACCGCAAGGUACUGACCAUAUUUUCAGCCUCAAACUACUAUGAGAUUGGCAGCAACAGGGGAGCCUACGUGAAGCUGGGGCCGGACCUGGUCCCCCAUUUUGUUCAGUACCAAGCCAACAAGACAGCCCACACUCUCACCAUGACCCAAAGAAUCAGCAGAGUAGAGGAGUCAGCCUUUCGAGCCUUGCGGGAGAAGCUGUUUGCUCACACCUCCGCUCUCAUCAGUGCAUUCAAGGCAUACGAUAAGGACGAUACAGGAAGGAUCACGCUGAGCAACUGGGCAGCGGCAGUGGAGUCAGUCUUGCACCUGGGACUGCCGUGGCGAAUGCUGAGACCGCAGCUGGUGCGCACCACGGCGGAUGGCAUGCUGGAGUACAAGUCCUGGCUUGAUGAUUUAGCCAUGGGGCAGCGGAGCCAAGAGCACAUCCAGUCGAGCUUGUUGGAAGUCAUUUAUCGGAACAGAUCCAACUUGGAGACCAUAUUCAGGAUCAUUGACAGAGAUCAUUCAGGUCUCAUCUCAUUUGAGGAAUUCCACCAAACCUGGAAACUGUUCAGCUCCCACAUGAACAUUGAACUCACAGACGAUGGCAUCGAUGACUUAGUUCGCAGCAUUGACUUCAAUAAAGAUGGAAACAUCGACUUCAAUGAGUUCCUCGAAGCCUUCCGCCUUGUCAAACAGACACAGUAGUGAGAACUCGGAGGGGAUUGCCACGUCCAAUGCCUUGUCUGCAAAGCCAGGACUCCUUCCUACCUAACUGCAGAGCAUGCUUGCAGCUGCAAAACAGGGAAAGGGAAAGCAGGGACCUGUAGCACUACUACAAAAGCUGAAAACAGGAACCACCCCAGCCAACAGCUGUGCUCUGUUUUGGGAAGGUAACAGUACAAUAGAUAAGCUGCACUUCAGUUAUGACCACAUUUAAAGAAGAGCUCUGUUCCAAGUAGAAAUCCGUGCUCCAAGGGAGCUACAAUUUAAUUUCUCUUGUCAAUGCAUGUGAUGAAAUCUUAAAGAUCUCUUCCAGUUUCGUAAAAUGGAAUUAAAGGUAUUUCUUGGGGGCAGUGUUUUAACCAAAUAGCAACUGCUACUGCAGUCUUCCUUUUAUGAAACAUUUCUUCUCAGUUGGCUGGUUCUGGGCCUUCUCAGCUGUGCUAGCACCACUGCUACUUCUGUGAUGAUACCUCUCUCCCCUGUUGUUCCUUUGCUUCAGUAAGUUUGCAGCUACUACAUAUGUUCAGUUGAGCAACACUUUGAAAAAUAAACUAUCUCAAGCAUGCAAAAGAGUCUCUCACAUGGGGGGUCUUAAGAAAUCUGCUGAAGCUAUAGUUUUUGUCAAGGGUCAUAGGAAUGGACGAGGUAGCUCCCAGCUGCAGUGAUUCUGUUGCAGGCUCAAGAUUAGUUUACAUUCAAAGCACAAUACAACUGCAGCAUAAAAAGCAUGGGGGAAUUUUUAAAUAAAGUGUUUGCAAAG